AUGGAAGAGAGCAAUCCAUCUCAAAGCUUUUAUAUUCAAACAAAUGGUUCCAGCUCUUCUCGAAUACAUCUACCGGGGGUAAACAAACCCAGUGCCAAUGUUUCUAGUGUGGGUUUCAAUACAUUGAAGAAAAUGGCUACAAAUAGUUCCCUGUCUUCCAUAACAACCAGUUCCUCCACGUCCCGAACCAAUCCGUUAACUAAACUAUUCUCAAAAAACAAAUCAGUCUCAAGCUUACUUCCUCAAGCAACCAGCGAGUUGCUGUUGAAAGAAGGAGACGAUCAAUCCUUUCUUAAUGACAGUAACAGUCUGAUGCUUACAUACGAUUCUAAAAAGGGGGGAACUAACAAAUUUCGGAUUUCACGAAGGUUAAAAUUCAAGAAUAAAGGAAAACCCGAUCUAACUAUUCAAACAACUGGUCAUCAUGGUAUACGACUACCCAAGAAAAUAGUAAGCUCAACUCUGUUAAACGAAUCCAACUCCGGCGGCACAAGAAAGAAUUCAUUAGGAUCUCCAGUUUCAACUUUUCAUAGCUUCUUUCACAGAUCCCAUGCUCUCCUGUCUCCAUUAGAACCUACAAAUUCAAAGGCCAAAAUUGACGAGCAUACCAAUAAUACCCGAAGCGCAUUAUGUUUGUCAUCAAAUAGUUCAAACUCCUAUAUUGCCGAUAUAAAAUUAGCUUCAAUCUACAAAUUUACAGAUCCCAAUUAUUCCAUAGAUGAAACCGAGGGAACUACAGAUUAUGCCCUUCAUAAAAAGAUGUUACUUCCAGCUGACCUGUUUUUCCAAUCUAGAGCCCAUAAAAACUCCCAAGAUGGAACUAUACCUGUAAGCGACGAUUCUGAGACCGAAUCAAUUCCUGCUAUACUGGACUUUUCAAAGACAAAUGCUAGAUUCUUGGGAAAUCUUAUGAAUGUUAUUAAACCUUUAUUCUUGGUCCCAAUACGCAAGAAUUCAGAGGCAAUUAUUAUCCAUCCGUACUUGGGAUACUCAACUGAAGAUAUUGCAUCUUUUAUCAAGGAGAAUUUAUUUGAAGAAUCCAAGCAUUCACCAGAAACAAGUAUCAGCUCACCAAAUAAAUCUAAACCAAAACAUAAAACAGGUUUAAAUAAUUUACUUACAUUACCAAAUGAUAGUGCUGAAGAUCUUGACUACUUCAGGGCGAGAGAGAUUUCCCAAGAUGUUCAAACAUUAUUCAUAAAAUGCUUAACUAUUUUCAGAAAAGAUAUCACCAAUAUGAAUUUUAAUGACUCUAAAAGCAAACUACCACCCCCUUCAACCAAGGGGCUUGUAACAGAUUUGCUGGUUUCUUGGCAGGAAAUAUCAUUUGGUUGGACUCAUUUCAACAAGAAGAUCCGUUUUUACAUAUUGAGUCUAUUUGAACCGCUCCAAGGUUGUUUUGACACAGUUUCUCAAUACAAGUUCAACUCUUCAUCAGAUUUCCCACCAGUUAACUUUGAAAAAGAAUUGAUUUUAGCUUUCCGUGAUGCCAUAUUAGUGCCAUUUCUUUUAGAACGAAAACAAAAGUAUUUUGAAUUUACUGGCGAAGAUACAGUAUCUGAUCCAGAAUCAAGUUACCACACGCUAUUUUUGGAUGAACAAGCAUUUCUCAAGGAAAACUCACAUUUAGUUAGCGUCCUAAUUGAUUGUUUUGCGUCAAUACUGUGCCACACCUUAUCAGGGAAUGGGUCAUUGACGGCAGAUGGAGAGCAAUUUUACGUUACUGAAAUUAUAAGAAAAACGUUUACUUGGCUAUCCUCAUUACUGUUGAGCUAA